UGCGUGUCCAUCUAAACUAGUUAUGUUCUCUCUCGUCUCUUUAAGACUGUAAUAUUUUAUAUUAAAUGACCGAUUUAAGACAUCCCCUACCCAACCCCGAACACUUAACCGGAAACAAGAAACUCCAUUUAAAUCUUGACUUCUCAGUUCUCUCUUUCGAGGAGAACAAAGAAACCCGACCCGAGAUUCACUCUUUACUUUCUGCCGUGAAAAACGACGCAAAUGGGUUUCUUUUCGUUCCUCGGACGAGUCCUUUUCGCUUCUCUCUUCAUUCUCUCCGCCUGGCAAAUGUUUAAUGAUUUUGGGGUUGAUGGUGGGCCUGCGGCAAAGGAGUUGAUACCCAAACUUGCCGUUGCUAGGAAGCACCUAUCCUCAACAUUAGGGUUAGGAAUACCUGAUAUAGAAGUUAGACAUAUUGUUGCAACUACUAUCUUUCUGAAAGGAAUUGGAGGUAUUUUAUUUGUAAUUGGCAACACCUUUGGAGCUUUUCUCCUGCUUGUCCACUUGGUGCUUAUCACCCCACUUCUGUUUGAUUUCUACAACUAUGGUCCGAUGGACCCUGAAUUUGUUCCUCUCUUAAAUGAAUUCUUGCAGAACAUUGCACUUUUUGGUGCAUUGCUUUUCUUCAUAGGAAUGAAGAACUUAAUUCCUAGGAGGCAACUCAAGAAGAAGACUCCGAAAGCAAAAACAGGUUAGGUACACCAGAGAAGCUAUUUUCCACUGUUGGGAUUGUUCUUUCGGGCAUGCCCAAGAACUUGGGGUUACCACUGUCAAUGCAGCAUCAGAUACUGUUUUUUGGAGUUUUUUCAAGUCAAGGACCCAAAAUUUUUAUAUUCUUUUCCUUUUCUAGAGAUUGUUAUGCUGACAGUCCCUGCUCACAGGGUAUAUUGUCAUUUUGGAAAGUGAAUGGAUAGCAACAUAUUUCAUUGCUCUUAGCACAAUUAGGAUUUCAUACUGCAAUUUUCGCUGAUCAUGGAUGAUAAACUGCCAUGCUUUUUAUUUGUAGAUUAAGAUCUUAGACAUUUUGUUAGUAAGUCUCGAAGCCUUUAAA